AGCGCGUUUAAUUUCGAAUUGAAUGAUUCAAUAGCCGUCAACGUUCGGAUAUGUUCGGAGGUGUUCGACUGACCACGUGACAGCUAUCGAGAAAUAUGGCGUGAAGUUGGCACGAAGAUGGUUGUGGUGAGUUACGAAAGAGUAGACGAUUUCUCGCGGGGAAGGUGCUUCCCAAUCGUGCGAAAAAAGUACCGCAUUACUAUUUUUCCCUCGGACACAGCCAGUGAAAAGCGGUACGAUGAUAUACGAUAUCAAAUGGAUCAUUCCGAAGCUUCGAAAUCCGUGUAAACUCUGGAACAUCGCGAGCAGUAUAACCUUUGCAGCAGUAGGAAUUUUCUCUAAAAUCUUUAUAGAAUGGCUCAACAAAACGACGGUGUAUAACAAGUAUAUCCUUAAUCGGGCGUUAGACUGUCGGCCGAAAAAUAUGCCUCUCAUCACAGUGUCUAACCACCACAGUUGUUUCGACGACCCUGGCAUAUGGGCGACACUGGACCUGAGGUAUCUGCUGAAACCACGUAAGAUGCGAUGGUCGCUAGCUGCUCACGACAUUUGUUUCACGAAAACCUGGCAUUCCUACUUGUUUAUGCUGGGCAAAUGCAUUCCCGUGAUCAGAGGUGCCGGAGUGUAUCAGGAAGCGAUGAAUUUCUGCAUCGAAAAACUGGCUGCCGGAGAGUGGAUUCACGUUUUCCCUGAGGGAAAAGUAAAUAUGUUCAAAGAAAACAUGAGAUUAAAGUGGGGCGUUGGCAGGUUAAUAUUCGAAUCGCCUGUUCCGCCAUUAGUGAUUCCUAUCUAUCACCUUGGCAUGGACUCGGUACUUCCAAACGAAGUGCCGUAUAGGUUACGAACGAACAAUAAGGUCACCAUAAAUUAUGGUGACCCCAUAGACUUUACUGAACUAGUGCACGAGUUGCGUACGUCGAAAGUGGACGAGAUACAAGCGAGAAAGGCCAUUACGGAUCGCAUUCAGACUGAACUUUUAAAACUGAAGGCGGAGACGGAAGAACUUCAUGAAACCACGUGAUAAUGAAAUAAGGCACAAUUCGUAUCAUCUUAGCUAGCUUUAAUUUGCCAAAAAAUAAAAUGUUAAUUUUAAUAUGACAACAGGUGAUUACGGCACUCUGUUUUCAAUUGGAGAUAAUCGCCUGCGAACAACGCGUUAGUAAUACCUACGGAAUUGUGUAGUAUAGCAUGUAUCAGGCAGUAGCAGUUCAGAGUUUCUGAAUGAAGGAAAACGCUAUGUCCGUGGCACUUUUUUUUCGAAUUUAAUUUAAAUACGAGUCUUAUUGACUCGAUCAAGAAUGCCAUAUACGUUUCGCGGUUGCGUCAUCGCGUGCACAGUAAUGUAUAUAUGCAACACAUUUAUGUACACACACAAGUGAUUCUAGUGACAUACCGCAUAACAAAUCACGGUGAUUGUUCAUAAAAGAACUUGAACACAAUCACAAAUUACAUAAGCUCGAGAAAUAGUAUUAAAACCGUGCCACAACCGUUUGUUUCUACGCGUGCCGACUUCGUAAUCUUAUAGAGUUAAUAAUUUGUGAUUGCACGACAAACGUAACAAUUUUACACAUCCGCUGAAAUUAUUACGCGUACUCGACGAACUAUUUUAUAUGCUGCGCAUAGAUUGAAUAUAAUUAUACUAUAACAAGAAAAGAAGUUAUGAAUCGAAUAGAGACUAAACAAUUAAAUCCCAACUUUAUCGAACAUUAAAAACUAUAGACAAAAUCAAAUUGCAACGUUUAUAAGUACCAUCAUACGUUUUGACAGCUAUAUUUGCACAUGUAUAUUUUUGAUAUAAGGGUUUUACAAUACGAUAUUAAAGAUACUUACAAUCAAUGAUAAAAAUACUGCAGAGAUAUGCAUAUCUUGUAUUUAUUAAAUUUUCAUUGUAAGUAGUAAAAUAUUUCCUACAUGAAAACUAUUUUCUUGCAUUUCAUAUUUAGUAUGAUUAUUCAACGUAUAAUGUGAUAUCUUUUUUAAACAAACGAUUUUAAUAAAUUGUUUUCCACAUCGUAGUAUUUAGUUCGAGAAAACAUUCAUAUCAUUUUUGGUUGUCACACUUUAGCGAAAGUAUCAUCUCUCAUAAACAACGACUAGUCUAAUUUAAUAAUGUAUUUAUUAUUACCAUUGGCGUAACUAAAAUUUUCGUCUGGAGUUGGCCAGGUCCCAUAACUUUACUAAUAGUGUUCCUUAUCAGGCAUAACCAAGUUGCUUUUGAAAAUUUAGGAAUUUUAGGACUCGAAAUUUGAAAAUCUUUAAAAUUCUAAUAUAUAAAUUAUCCUACCCUGGACCGUAUCUAGUUACGCUAAUGAUCAUCGUUACACUUCAAGAUUUCCGAAUUAUGUAAGUGACAUUUUUUCAUCAAUAAAUAUAGAAUUUUUUUAUUCUGAUGUCACGAGUGUUAGUAAAGUAAAUAUUUACAUUACUCUAUGAAGAAUAACAUUCACAUGGACAGUUCAACAGAAUUACGCUUGAAAUCAUUCUUAUAUAUGAAAAGUAUGACUAUAUUACACGUUUCUAUUACGAUAUUCACAGAUAGAUCUUGUACAUAUAUAUUUUUUAUGACAUACAGAAAUAGAUUAUAUCGUACCAUCAUGAUGUUACUAUUCUCCAAUGGAAAGAUCGCGUGUAUCUUGGCACAUUUUUCUUUUCGCAGAAACAGCCGAUUCUGAUUCUACGAGUAAUAUAACGAAAGCAACACACGAUAUUCAUUUUUACAAAGACGAAUAGGAUCUGUACUUUAAGACGUCACAUACACCAUAAACUUUAAAUAGACAGAACGGUAUAGACUAACGAGACAAAUUUUGUGUUGUACGCACAUAUAUACAUAUCUGAUACAUAUCUAAAAAAUAUCAGAUAUAUAUAUCACUCUCAUUUUAUCACUUAUCAUUCAAAUUUUUUUAUAAGUCCAUACGAACAAAUUUUGAAAACUGAUAUAUAUAACAAAUUGGUUAAAAGUUCGAUCGCGAAACUUGGAUCAAAACAACUGAAUUUCAACUUUAAUAACGAAAGUAUUCAUAUCGAUCUCUACCCGUAUUUCGUAGUUAAGAACUAUUCAUUAUUUUACGAAUAACAUGAUUUUAAGUUAACUUUUUUUUCAGUAUUUUUUAAUAGCGUCAAUACGUACUUUUCAUGACCAUGGCAUAGAACAUUAUGCAAAAAAA